GCAUCCAGUUUGUUCUAACGUGUUAAAUAAUGUUCGCAAUGGGAGAUGAAGGAAAAUUCAGCUGGUAAUAGCAGAUAAGUGUUUCCUUCUUGAUAAGCAAGGAACUAAUGAUAACAGUGUGUGCUAUAUGUAGCUGUGCUUGAUGUUUCCAUAUAUUUUUGACUUUACUCAAACACUCUACUCCUGCCUGUAUACAUAGCAUGCAUUAGCGUUUUGAAGUAUAGGAAUAGACCUGCAUUGGUCCUAGCGUUUUUUAGGAUAUGCUCGAAUAAAAUGUGUAAUGUUUGAGGUAUUUCAGCAUCCUGGCAUAGCUUUAUGUUUAUCAGAUGGAUUCUACUUGCUUAUUCAGUUUUUAUACUAGGGAUUUGUUGUUGUGUCAUGAGUUCAGUGAUGCUGACAGUUACUGUGUUUUAAUUCAGUGUUAAUAUGACUAGAAAAUGUUCACUGUGCUAAUGGUGGAGAAACUACUUUUAUCUGGAACACUGUUUUUUACCUUGUAUUCUAGAGAGGGUUUAAUGGGGAAGGAAGGAAUCUAAAACCUAGGAAGCUAUUAGCAACUUUUUUUGUAGGCUGUACCAUGUCUUUUAUGCAACCAGUUCCUGAAAAUAUGCUGGAAUGUUAAAAUAUUUACUCUAGAUAUCCAGUUGCAAAGUCCAAGUAGCAAUAUAUACUGCAGAAAAGCAUACUUUAUUCUUGUAUUUCUUAUGGCUGCUAUUUCCAUUUCUGUCCUUUGUUUUCUUUUUGCUGUGCAUUGACAUGCAUACUAUUUCAAUGGAAUUUUUUAGUCUAGUGAAAACUUAGUACAAAUUUCAUGAAUCAGUCCUUGAAGUGAGAUUCCCGUCUUGAAAGAUGCCUAACUGCUUACAUAUUCCAUUUAGUUAAGUGCUUGUUGGGAGGGACUUCUCAUUUUGGUACCUAGUUGGAGUAUGCUGCAGCAGAAGUCCCAGCUUGUUGAUACUGUGUUAGCUAGUGCAUGUAUGAUGCAUGCAUAAAUAUUUCCAGGAUAGUUUUAGAAUUAUUUUUUCUAGAAUGAAAAUACAACUAAUUUAUAUAAGAACAUAGUUCCUUCUAUAACUUCCAACUUCCCUGUUUUCUUCAGCAAACAUGAAAAUUUCACAUAGAAACUUGUUUUUACCUAUCCUUGAAUACCUGUAUCCCCAACUGUAAUGCUCAGAAUUUUGUAUUCAAGGGCUGUUGCUUGUCAGUUCCUUUUCAUGUGUCACUUCCAUUUUCCAGUGUAUUUUAUUCCUAAUAAUGUUCCCACAAGAGAAUAUGGGAUAGAUGCUCAAAUAAGAAGCCAGUAUAACAUGAUUAAUUCUUUGCCAGCAUGUACCAGUUUACUUUUUCUUUGUAAUCCUAUGGUUAAACUGGUAAACCAAACCAGUUUGGUUUGCAUAUGUGCAUAAUACCUUUUAGGGCCCUUAUUACACCUGUGUGUUAGGAUAGCUCAUUUUCAUGAUUCAUCACAGAUACCCUGGCAGAAGUCUAGUUAUUAAUGUAGUGAUUAAUGUGGAUAAAAUCAACCAGUUUGCUCUGUUGGUUCUCUUGUCUUUACUGUGCUGCAGUUUUAAUAGUUGAUCUUUGAGGUUUUUGUUUAUAAUUUAAAUCAAGUUUGUAUCUGUAGGAUCUGCUCUUCCAUUGUCGGAGGGGGAGGAAAUGUAUGUGACUUUUACCUAGGCAUACUUUCCAUGCCUCUUCCUUGUAAAUUAUUGUAGGAUUGUUCAACGUAUUGAUCUCUGUAGUGCCUAGUAUAAAUGUGAGACUACGUGUGUCUAGUUUGCUGUUCCCUUGCUUGAUGGUGUGGUAUGUGAAAACAGCAUGUUUUUGAUUUCAGGGAUUGUAGGAGAAGUAAUCAGUACUCUUCUUGAGGAGCCUGCCAUCCCAGGAAAAGUAUUUGUGGUUUUGUGAGAGGAAUGGUAUCGCUAAACCUUCUAAUGGAAGUACUGAUAUGAGGAUAAACAUUCUUUUCCUGUUUAAUGAAGAACUGAAAUCCAUUGCAAACUUAAAUCUGAGGGCAACAUGACAAGACUAUGUUCUCUUUAUAUGAAAUUAGUGGGACAGUGAAAGUGGAUAGGGCAAGAAAAGUAACAGUGAAUUUUGGAUCAUGGUAUUAUGCAGUUUGGGAACUUUGGCCUUUCAGCCUCCCGCCACUCUUUGCGAACAGGUCUCUCUGCCUCAAAUAUUUCCCUGAGAGGAGAAAACCGUUUGUCAGUUCUUCUCAAUUACCUUCUUCCUUCUUCGAGAGCUGGAACCCCGUCAGCCUCAAGGUGUACAACCCCUAUAACUACCCCUCAAAACACACCACCCUCCAGUCCUACCUGCAGCCACCUGCCAACCACAAGUGCCCAGCCAAGUCCACUGCAGGGCAAGGAAUUGCUGGUGUCACCUGCCAGUGAUGAUAUUCCUUCAGUAGUAAUCCACCCACCUGAGGAGGACUUAGAAGUGCAGGAAUGCCAUGAAAAGAAGACAAAGGAAAAUACUGACAAAACACCAGGGCUGUUAGCAUCUCCACAAUCAGCACCUGGAAAUUUAGACACUGGAAAAACCGGAGAGGUUAAAGGUACCGGGGCAGGAGGAAGCAGAGAAAAUAGCACAGUUGAUUUUAGUAAGGUUGAUAUGAACUUCAUGAGGAAAAUACCUGCAGGAGCAGAAGCGUCAAAUGUAUUAGUGGGAGAAGUAGACUUUCUAGAAAGACCUAUUAUUGCUUUUGUGAGGCUCUCCCCAGCUGUGCUUCUCUCAGGUCUCACAGAAGUUCCGGUUCCUACACGGUUUUUGUUUUUGUUGCUGGGACCAGCAGGAAAAGCUCCACAGUACCAUGAAAUUGGAAGAUCAAUAGCAACACUUAUGACAGAUGAUGUUUUCCAUGAUGUUGCCUAUAAAGCGAAAGACCGAAAUGAUUUGUUGUCAGGAAUUGAUGAAUUUUUAGACCAAGUGACAGUCCUGCCCCCAGGAGAAUGGGAUCCAUCUAUACGAAUUGAGCCACCAAAAAGCGUUCCUUCCCAGGAGAAAAGGAAGGCACCUAAAUUUCCAAAUGGAUCUACUCCUACAGGAGAGACUCUCAAAGAAGAAGGCCAUCAUGCUGGACCUGAACUUGAGAGAACUGGAAGGCUUUUUGGUGGUUUGAUACUUGACAUCCAAAGGAAAGCACCUUUUUUCUUGAGUGACUUCAAGGAUGCAUUAAGCCUGCAGUGCCUGGCCUCGAUUCUUUUCCUAUACUGUGCCUGUAUGUCUCCUGUAAUCACUUUUGGAGGGCUCCUGGGAGAAGCUACACAAGGCAGAAUAAGUGCAAUAGAGUCUCUCUUUGGAGCCUCAUUAACUGGGAUUGCCUAUUCUCUCUUUGCUGGGCAACCUCUUACUAUUUUGGGGAGCACCGGACCAGUUCUAGUAUUUGAAAAAAUAUUAUUUAAAUUUUGCAGGGAUUAUGAUCUUUCCUACCUCUCCCUGCGAACUAGCAUUGGUCUGUGGACUGCAUUUUUAUGCAUAGUGCUUGUAGCCACAGAUGCCAGCAGCCUUGUGUGUUACAUCACUCGAUUUACUGAGGAAGCUUUUGCAGCACUUAUAUGCAUCAUAUUUAUUUAUGAGGCGUUGGAAAAGCUUUUUCAUUUGGGAGAACUGUAUGCCUUCAAUAUGCACAAUGACUUGAGUAAACUGACUCUAUAUUCAUGUGUGUGUGCUGCUCCUGAGAAUCCCAGCAAUGAAACUUUGAGGGUAUGGAGGAAUAUGAAUAAGUCUGUGGAAAGUAUAGCAUGGAAUAAUCUUACAGUUCCUGAAUGUUUAGAAUUGCAUGGUGUGUUUCAUGGAUCAGCUUGUGGGCGUCACGGACCAUAUAUUCCAGAUGUUCUCUUCUGGUCUGUCAUAUUAUUCUUUACAACAUUUUUCCUCUCCUCUUUCCUUAAGCAAUUCAAGACCAAACGCUAUUUCCCAACUAAGGUGCGUUCUACCAUCAGUGACUUUGCAGUAUUUCUGACCAUAGUAAUAAUGGUUUUGAUUGACUAUCUCGUAGGAGUACCUUCUCCUAAGCUUCACGUUCCAGAGAAAUUUGAACCCACCCUAAAAGACCGAGGAUGGUUCAUGGAUCCUCUUGGAAGCAAUCCUUGGUGGACGCUUUUGAUAGCUGCUGUUCCUGCAUUACUCUGUACUAUUCUCAUUUUCAUGGAUCAACAAAUAACAGCUGUCAUUAUAAACAGGAAAGAGCAUAAGCUGAAGAAAGGCUGUGGCUAUCAUCUUGAUCUGCUCAUGGUUGGUGUUAUGUUGGGGGUAUGUUCUAUCAUGGGCUUACCGUGGUUUGUUGCUGCAACUGUCCUGUCUAUAAGUCAUGUUAACAGCCUGAAAGUUGAAUCUGAAUGCUCAGCACCAGGAGAGCAACCAAAGUUUUUGGGAAUCCGGGAGCAGCGAGUGACAGGAUUGAUGAUUUUUGUCCUGAUGGGGUUGUCAGUGUUCAUGACCUCGGUGUUAAAGUUUAUUCCAAUGCCAGUUUUGUAUGGUGUCUUUCUUUACAUGGGAGUAUCUUCAUUAAAAGGCAUUCAGUUUUUUGACCGUAUAAAACUGUUUGGGAUGCCUGCCAAACAUCAGCCUGACCUGAUUUAUCUACGUUAUGUGCCACUCUGGAAAGUCCAUAUCUUUACAGUUGUUCAGCUCACUUGUCUAGUUCUGUUGUGGGUGAUUAAAGCCUCUGCAGCUGCUGUUGUUUUCCCUAUGAUGGUUCUAGCUUUAGUGUUUGUUCGCAAGCUCAUGGAUUUAUGUUUCACCAAAAGAGAGCUUAGCUGGCUUGAUGAUCUUAUGCCAGAAAGUAAAAAGAAGAAAGAAGAUGACAAAAAGAAAAAGGAGAAAGAAGAAGCAGAGAGAAUGCUUCAGACAGGGGACAAUGAAAGUGUACAUCUUGCAUAUGGAGAAGCGAACUUGGAUUUUCCUGUAAAAAAACUAAAAUACAGCACUGAUCCCUCAAUUGUAAACAUAUCAGAUGAAAUGGCCAAAACUGCACAGUGGAAGGCUCUUGCCAUGAGUACUGAGAGUGCCAAAGUAACCAGAGCUAACCUGAGCCCUGAAAAAACAGAAAGUGUGAAAAUAAAUGUGGAAGAUUCACCUGUUGUGAAAUACGUGGAUGCCGAAACAUCUUUAUAGAAGUGAACCAAGGGGAAUUGCAUAUAUUUGUGUGUGUAUAUAUGUAGCUGUAGGAUAUUAUACUGUGGAAGUGUGAUUUCCAGUUUAAGGAGCGUCAUAUAUUUAAUUCUGCCAUUGUUUAGGGCACUGUAGAUAUGCUUGCAUAAUGAGAAGGUUUUCCUACAAGUAAGUGGUAAUCACACUUCAUCUAUUUAUUUUACUGGAAAUUUUAUUUUCAUUUUUAAAUAGGAAGAUUGUAAUGGAUGCGUAUUCUUUUCAAUAAUCAAUAUGUGCAUAGAAGUUAAAUCAGCUUUUGCUGAUGAUUACUGGUCCACAUUGCUUAAAAUUUUGCAAUACCUCUGUUUAUAAUGUGUGCUACAGAAGUUUGUUCUCCAUGCAGGCAGUUACUGCUUUUUUUGCAGGGUAUCCUUUUUUUUGUGAUUUCAUAGAACAAAUAUUAAUGUGCUGUUGACAAGAACUACUGUGUUUUAUGUCUCUACUACAUGCUAGUGUUUUCUGGAUUCUGUCUCUCCUGUUUUACAGAAGUGGCCUAGAGCCCUAAGUCAGGUUAGUUAAGCCUUAAGAUAGAUAUA